AUGAACUGGACAGGGGGUCGCUUGCAACGGCAUUCGAACAAUCGCUCCAGCAAUCUUGCUAGAAAUCAAAAGCAGAAGUUUGCAAAAUCAAGACGGAGAAGCGUAAAAGAUUAUCGACAGGCUCCAUCGCUCAUUGAAUUUGUCACUUUUGGCACAUCGCUUCAGCCAAAGUCCACUGGCGACGAGGCUCAAAGGCAUGGAUUGGCUAGUCAGGCUACGGUUAAUUCCUCACUGUCACGGCUAGCUAGGGAUCCCUCAAUCUGUUCUGAGCAAGUGAAUAACUCACAGCCGCCCGAUCGCAUAGAACAUAUCAAGCGUCAAUUACUAGAAACAACAGACUGGGCUGCUGUCGGAGCUGCGCGGCCUCUCAGGAUCUCAUUCACACCAGUCGAAGAGUUCGAGCACUUUGGCAAAAGACGAAGAUUAACUGAGGCUGACCGAACGAGAUUAGCUACCAUGGAACACAGGGCUGUGCCAUCUGAGCUUAACAAGUCUCGCAGGGCUCCUCGACAGGAUAUAUCGUCGGAUCGACUUGGAAUCGAAGGUUUAGAGAUUAAGAUCAAUGGAUGGCUGUGCCAUGCUCGCGGAGACAUUCCCAAAAAGCGUCACGAGAACUUCUCCUCACAACCAAUGCUCCUUGAUAGAGAGGUAUCAGGCGGCCCCGAUCAAGGCAGGGAUCCGUCAGCGCAGCCAUACAGUGAUGCCAAGGCGAGCGUAAGGGAAGACUCGGAUAACAAACCACUAUAUUGUCAGAAGGAAUCAGGAGAUCAUAAGUCGUCUACGCAUUCUGUUAUCACCCCACGAUCUCGUCUCUCAGAAUCUGUCAUUACCAAUCCGAUAGCAUCCAGCAGGAACGACAGUGGACUGAUCCAGACACCCGAGUUUCUGGGUCAGGAUUUUGGACCGUCAACCUCGACGUCCUUGAGGUACCAUGACAGCAACCGAGUCCAUCACUCAUCCGGGUCAAUCAUCCAAAAUCACUUCACGAUUGACGAUCAGAUAGCUGCCGAGAAGGAAAGAUGCUUGAAUGCUGGGAUAAUG